GACGUCAUUGUAUGUCAGGCAGUAUAAAGGCACCUUUUGAAAUUUCCAGCUGUUCUAAUUGGGUGCGCAUAUACGAGGGGCGUGCUCCUCGUAUUUUUCUUAUUAUUCGUCAACCAUGGCUCCCUCAGCAUCCUCUGAAGCAGAUAAACUGCGUUAUUCCCGAGAGCUGGCGGCCUACACCCUUCGUCAAUUUUCUGCAUAUACCGCACACCUUUCGCCUGAUAAGGUCGUUGCAGCCAAAAUACCACCUGAAAUUUCUGCGAGACUGCAGAGAAUAUUCCAAACAUCCGCUAAAUUUUCCGAGCAGCAGAAGCCAAGCUCAGUGGUCGUAUAGCAUCUGCAUUGAUGAUUUGUAUCGUCUUGAUAUCGUGCUCGUAGAUAUUCAUGGGAAAACCCCUUCCGUUACAUGAAGUCCACGGCUGCCGACUAUAUAAUAUUCCCAUUAUCUUUGUCGUAUAUUGGUACUGUAAACCCUGUAUAUGAUUUUCUUGGUCUCGGC